AUGGUUACUGAUAUCAAAAAUAUAACGAGUAUUCAAAUUCAUGAGCUAAACCGUAUACUGGAAGAAUCAACAAAAUUAGAUGAACUUCCGUAUGAUGUUGAAUCCAAUACAAUUUAUCGUUUAAGUUUAAAUGAUAUGACUAAAGUCACGUUUUUUGAAAAAUGUGCACGACGUGAUCUAGUGAACUACAGAGACAAACAAAUUGGUAAACGACAAUCUCACGGUAAUUGCAAAUCGUCGACAAGUCAUGUAUUUAAAAGAAUAUUACCAUCGACAGUUGUUCAGAUCGAGAAUUUAGUCAGAACACAAUCCAGUUCCACAGCGUACAAAUCUCUUGUUGGAAAUGCAACAAAAGAACCACCAAGAAACGUUAAUCAAGUCAAAUAUGUACGAAAAAAAUUUCUCCGACAAAAACGUCUUACGUCAGAUGAGCUCUCGAAUCUCUACUUGUUAUCUUUGGAAAUUGAUAAUUAUGUUCGUGAAAUGUCAUUACAACCCCAACUUACCGUUGUACUGAUGCACGAACAAGCCGAAAAAAAUUUUCAACAAUUAUUGUCAAUAACUAAAACCCCUAUUACUUUAUAUUACGAUACCACUUUUCAGUUAGGGGAUUUUUAUGUCUCGAUAUUAGCCUAUGUGCAUCAUAGUUUUGUUGAAAAUCCAGUCAUACCGUUGGCAAUAUUAAUCCAUGAUCAUAAAAACAGAGAAGCACAUGAUAAAAAAACCAAUAUUUUAAAAGCGCAUCCAUCGAUAGGAAAAAAGUGUAUUCUUAUUAGCGAUGGUGAAUUAUCAUUUAAAAAUUCAUUUCAUGAUGCAUUUCCAGUUAUGAAACAUUUAAGAUGCCACAAUCAUUAUGCAAACGAUCUCAAAAAAUGGUUAAAAGAGGAUUUUAACAAACAGUAUCGUUCAAUUAGUAAACGUUCAAAACGACCAAAAACAAUAUCCGUUAAUAAAAACAAACAUGAUGAUGAAAACGAAGAUAAUGACAACGAAGAUGAAAAUAACAAUGAAGUGAAUAUUCAACAAACAACAUUAACUGUAAAUAUAUCGGAAGAUGAAUUAUAUAAACAAAUGAAAGAGCAACAUGUCACACAACACAUGGAUGAUGUUCUCAAUUUAUUACGAAGUCAAUCGAAGCAACUGUUCUUAAUCGAUUACGAACAAAUGAAAAAACGGUGGUGUCCAAGAUUUAAGAAAUAUUUUGAAACGUGGCAUUUACCACAUAUUGAUGAAUUGGGUGAGCCUGUUCGCACUUUGCCUCUUCAGCACUAG